GAGAGAAGUGGUCCAGCAGCUGUAUGCUCACAAGACAGAAGGCUAAGCCAUGAGUAAGAACCAGAAAGAAGUCAAGAAAAUCCAGUCAGCUUAUCUGCAGAAUGUGGAGAAGCUCAACCAGGGGGCGAAGCAAGAGAAGAAGAACUGGAAGGUCAAGGAAGCAGACUUUGCCGCGCCUACGGUCGCGGAGAAGCUGCGCCAGCCUCCUGCCAUCACCCCGGUAACCAAAAGCUCGGCGCACAGAAUCAGCAGAGACCUGACCUGCUCCAUCUGCUUGGAUCUCUUCAAGCAGCCCGUCUCUCUGCCCUGCGACCACACCUUCUGCCAGGGCUGCAUAGAGGGGUACUGGACUGGACCCAGGGGGCACUGCCAAGGGGUAUCAGGCUCCUGUCCCCAGUGCAGGAAGGUAUACCCCGGACAGAGCUACAGGCCCAACCGCAUCGUUGCCAACAUCGUGGAGAGCUACUGUCAGGGGCUGGAGGAGAGCGGCGGCGGCGGCGGAAACAGGCUGGCCGACGCGGCCGAGGCGGAGAAGGCGCCCGCACCGGCUCCGCGCUGCAGUCGACACCGGGAGGAGCUGAAGCUUUACUGCGAGGAGGAUCAAGAGCUGGUGUGUCUGGUGUGUGGAAUCUCUCAGGAGCACAGGAACCACACCAUGGUGUGCGUGGAAGAGGCGGAGCUCAAGUACAGGGCCUCUCUGAACAGCUCCAUGGAUUCCCUCAAAACUGAGCUCAGCACAGCGAUGCAGUGUGACAGGGAAGCUGAGGACGAGGUCAAAAAUCUCAAGGAGCACACGGCUGAUCUGAAGCAACGCAUCGAAGCCCAGUUCAGCGACCUGCACCAGUUCCUCUACCAGGAGGAGAAGAUGCUCCAGGUGAAGCUGAAGACGGAGGAGCGUCGUGAGCUGAUCCGCUUGGACGAGCACAAGGCUCUGCUGUGCGUGGAGAUCUCCCGUCUGCAGAGAGCCCUCCAAGAGAUAGAAGACAAGCUGAAGGAGCAGGACCCCUUCAAUCUACUGCGGAGCAUCAAAGUUUUGCUGCAUAGACCGUCGCUAAAGUUCGAGAAGCCAGUUUUUACGCCACCCAGUCUGUGUGAAGGCCGCUUUGCGGGGCCCCUGCAGUACAGAGUGUGGAAAUCUAUGAAAGGCAGUAUUUACCCAGUCCCUGCUGCCAUCACAUUUAACUCCAGCACGGCCAACCCUUGGCUCAGUCUCACCUCGUCCCUGACCUGCGUUCGCUACCAAACCUUUAACCACGCCGUGGAGGACAAUCCGCACAGGUUCAACGCCGCCCUGUCGCUGCUCGGGAGUCAGGGUUUCACCCACGGGCGCCACUACUGGGAGAUUGAAGUCUAUAGCAGCACCGUGUGGACGGUGGGCGUGGCCCGGGAGUCCGUGCCCAGAAAGGGAGUCAUCAAAGCUCUUCCAGCUAACGGCUUUUGGACCCUCUCGCUUUCUUACGGCAUACAAUAUAUGGCCGGCACGUCCCCGCCGACUGUUCUGUCCCUAGAGGAGCCGUUGGCCAGGAUUGGUGUGUACUUGGAUUACAAGAGAGGCUUGGUGUCCUUUUACAAUGCAGAGACCAUGACACACCUGUACACCUUUAGGGAGAUCUUUAGUGAGACACUCUUUCCGUACUUCAACUUGGGCUUCCUGGACAAAGUACAUGAGAAUGAGCCUCUUAAAGUUUUCAUGCCAAAGAUUUAAACUUACUGUGAACUUUUUGUUUUUGUUUCUUUUGUACACUAUCAGACCAUAAAGUACACCUUGACAGUUUUUGAAAGUCUGUAGACUGGAUCUAUGGACACGGUAUUUGUAAUACAUCAAAUAAAAUAUUUGAAU